GGGGAGGGGUGGAGGGAAAGGAAGGGAGUGGCUGCGAGCCGGGCUGCCGCAGCCUCUGGUCUCCUCACCGGCGGCACCGACCCCUCCUCCUGCGCCUCGGCCGCUUCCCUCCUCGCCGGGGAAAGAUGCCCUUAACCCCGGGGUGUGAAGAAGGGGGAGACCUAGCUGCUGGAGCCGCCCGCGCCCCCGCCGCCGCAGCUGCUGCCGUCCGUGUCCUUUGAAUCCAGAAAAGCACCCCCUCGCCAGGGCGUCGGGAGCGUCGGCGGGCCGGCGGGCGGCCGCGGUGCGGGUGUGGGGGAGACCGGGCUCUCCCCCGGGCGCGGCCCAGGCCGGCGGCCCAGCGACCACCGACAUGGAGCGGGCUCAGGCGGCCGAGUAGCCGCUGCUCCCGGAGCCGGGGGCGAGUGCCGCCGCAGCCAGUCAGGCCCCUGGGUGAAGCGGGGAGGAAAAUGAAGAGUUUUCAUCGGAAUCCGUUGGAUAUAGGACUGAUUGCAAAGCCUUAAAAAUAAGGACCUCGGGAGGAGAAACGAAAAGCCUCCUUCGGGCAAGACUUGGCGUGCUCCGAGCCGAGGGGCUGCUUCAGGGACCUCGCCCCCUCCCUUUCCCGCUGGAGAAAUUGCCGCUGAUGCGUUAUCCAAGUGGUGGUUGGGAGGAUUUGCAGCAGAAUUUUUGGUUUUCCCUCCCCCUUACAUACAUUCUGUUUUUUUUUCCUCCCUUUUUGAUUUUCUUUCUUCCUGGGAAGUGAAUUGCUGAUGCACAUCGGACUUAAUUCAUUAAUGAUGCAACCGGAUUCGUUUCAGGAUUAUGUUGCACGAGUUGAAUUUUGAAUGAAGGAGAAGAGUUUUUUUUUUUAAAGAAGUGUUGACUUUUUGGUUCGCUGUACUUUUAAUUAUUUUAUUUAAAUAUACAACUUAAUUAUUCUUUUUAAAAUGUGUUAAAUGUGUAUUUUACGGUAACUUUCCCUCAAAUAUAUGUAUAUUUGCGAAAUUGAAGACGCUUCAGUUAAGUGAGUUACUGGUGUGUUGGAUGUUGAAUUCAGCCCCGGCAUUGCAUGACAGUUGUUUGAAUAACAAGUGGUUUAUUUUUUAAAACCACACCUUUUGAAAUUUAGGUUCAAAUAAUCAUAGUAAAAAUCGUUAUAGUAAUUGAAAGGAAAACCAGCAGAAAUAAAGCAAACAUGUCCGGAGAAGUGCGUUUGAGGCAGUUGGAGCAGUUUAUUUUGGAUGGGCCCGCUCAGACCAAUGGGCAGUGCUUCAGUGUGGAAACGUUACUGGAUAUACUCAUCUGCCUUUAUGAUGAAUGCAAUAAUUCUCCAUUGAGAAGAGAGAAGAACAUUCUUGAAUACCUAGAAUGGGCUAAACCAUUUACUUCUAAAGUGAAACAGAUGCGAUUACAUAGAGAAGACUUUGAAAUAUUAAAGGUGAUUGGUCGAGGGGCUUUUGGAGAGGUUGCUGUAGUGAAACUGAAAAAUGCAGAUAAGGUGUUUGCCAUGAAAAUAUUGAAUAAAUGGGAAAUGCUGAAAAGAGCUGAGACAGCAUGUUUCCGUGAAGAAAGGGAUGUGUUAGUGAAUGGAGACAAUAAAUGGAUCACAACUUUGCAUUAUGCUUUCCAAGAUGACAAUAACUUAUACCUGGUUAUGGAUUAUUAUGUUGGUGGGGAUUUGCUUACUCUACUUAGCAAAUUUGAAGAUAGAUUGCCUGAAGAUAUGGCUCGAUUUUACUUGGCUGAAAUGGUGAUAGCAAUUGAUUCAGUUCAUCAACUGCAUUAUGUACACAGGGACAUCAAACCUGACAAUAUAUUGAUGGAUAUGAAUGGACAUAUUCGGUUAGCAGAUUUUGGUUCUUGUCUGAAGCUGAUGGAAGAUGGAACGGUCCAGUCCUCAGUGGCUGUUGGAACUCCAGAUUAUAUCUCUCCUGAAAUCCUUCAAGCCAUGGAAGAUGGGAAAGGCAGAUACGGACCUGAGUGUGACUGGUGGUCUUUGGGGGUCUGUAUGUAUGAAAUGCUUUAUGGAGAAACACCAUUUUAUGCAGAAUCUCUGGUGGAAACAUAUGGAAAAAUCAUGAAUCACAAAGAGAGGUUUCAGUUUCCAGCUCAAGUGACUGAUGUGUCUGAGAAUGCUAAGGAUCUUAUUCGAAGGCUCAUUUGUAGCAGAGAACAUCGACUUGGUCAAAAUGGGAUAGAAGACUUUAAGAAACAUCCAUUUUUCAGUGGAAUUGAUUGGGAUAAUAUUAGAAACUGUGAAGCACCUUAUAUUCCAGAAGUUAGUAGCCCAACAGAUACAUCGAAUUUUGAUGUGGAUGAUGAUUGUUUAAAGAAUUCUGAAACAAUGCCCCCGCCAACACAUACUGCAUUUUCUGGCCACCAUCUGCCGUUUGUUGGUUUUACAUAUACUAGUAGCUGUGUUCUUUCUGAUCGGAGCUGUUUAAGAGUUACAGCUGGUCCCACUUCAUUGGAUCUUGAUGUUAAUGUUCAGAGGACUCUAGAUAACAACUUAGCAACCGAAGCUUAUGAGAGAAGAAUUAAGCGCCUUGAACAGGAAAAACUUGAACUUAGUAGAAAGCUUCAGGAGUCAACACAGACUGUCCAGGCUCUGCAGUAUUCAACUGUUGAUGGUCCACUAACAGCAAGCAAAGAUUUAGAAAUAAAAAACUUAAAAGAAGAAAUUGAAAAACUAAGGAAACAAGUAAGAGAAUCAAGUCACUUGGAACAGCAACUUGAAGAAGCUAAUUCUGUGAGGCGAGAGCUAGAUGAUGCUUUUAGACAAAUCAAAGCUUAUGAAAAACAAAUCAAAACACUACAACAAGAAAGGGAAGAAUUAAAUAAGGAACUAGUCCAGGCUAGUGAGCGAUUAAAAAACCAAUCCAAAGAGCUGAAAGACGCACACUGUCAGAGGAAACUGGCCAUGCAGGAAUUCAUGGAGAUCAAUGAGCGGCUAACAGAAUUGCACACCCAAAAACAGAAACUUGCUCGCCAUGUCCGAGAUAAGGAAGAAGAGGUGGACCUGGUGAUGCAAAAAGUUGAAAGCUUAAGGCAAGAACUGCGCAGAACAGAAAGAGCCAAAAAAGAGCUGGAAGUUCAUACAGAAGCUGUAGCUGCUGAAGCAUCUAAAGACAGGAAAUUGCGUGAACAGAGCGAGCACUAUUCUAAGCAACUGGAAAAUGAAUUAGAGGGACUGAAGCAAAAGCAAAUUAGUUACUCACCAGGAGUAUGCAGCAUAGAACAUCAGCAAGAGAUAACCAAACUAAAGACUGAUUUGGAAAAGAAAAGUAUCUUUUAUGAAGAAGAAUUGUCUAAGAGAGAAGGAAUACACGCAAAUGAAAUUAAAAAUCUGAAGAAAGAACUGCAUGAUUCAGAAGGCCAGCAGCUUGCUCUCAACAAAGAAAUUAUGAUUUUGAAAGACAAAUUGGAAAAAAACAGGAGGGAGAGUCAAAGUGAAAGGGAAGAAUUUGAAAAUGAGUUCAAACAACAGUAUGAACGAGAAAAAGUAUUAUUAACUGAAGAAAAUAAAAAACUGACAAGUGAACUUGAUAAGCUUACUGCUUUGUAUGAGAACUUAAGUACACGCAACCAGCAGUUAGAAGAAGAGGUAAAAGACCUAGCAGACAAGAAAGAAUCAGUUGCACAUUGGGAAGCCCAAAUCACAGAAAUAAUUCAGUGGGUCAGUGAUGAAAAGGAUGCACGAGGAUAUCUUCAGGCCUUAGCUUCUAAAAUGACGGAAGAAUUGGAAGCAUUAAGAAAUUCCAGCUUGGGUACACGAGCAACAGAUAUGCCCUGGAAAAUGCGUCGUUUUGCAAAACUGGAUAUGUCAGCUCGAUUGGAGUUACAGUCAGCUCUGGAUGCAGAAAUAAGAGCCAAACAGGCUAUCCAAGAAGAACUGAAUAAAGUUAAAGCAUCUAACAUCAUAACAGAAUGUAAACUAAAAGAUUCAGAGAAGAAGAACUUGGAACUACUAUCAGAAAUCGAACAACUGAUAAAGGACACUGAAGAGCUUAGAUCUGAAAAGGGUAUAGAGCACCAAGACUCACAGCAUUCUUUCUUGGCAUUUUUGAAUACGCCUACCGAUGCUCUGGAUCAAUUUGAAGAUUCCUUUUCUUCUUCCUCAUCUUCACUGAUUGAUUUUUUGGAUGACCGCUCUCCAUCCUGUACUCCAGCUAGCAAAGGCAGACGUACUGAUCCCGUUGAGAACACAUAUGUACGGAAUCCGAACGUCAAGUUUUACAUCCAGUCGAGGUCCACAUCUCCUUCCACAUCUAGUGAAGCUGAGCCAGUUAAGACUGUAGAUUCUACUCCACUUCCAGUUCACACACCAACCUUAAGGAAAAAGGGAUGCACUGGUUCCACUGGCUUUCCACCUAAGCGCAAGACUCAUCAGUUUUUUGUCAAAUCUUUUACUACUCCUACCAAGUGUCAUCAGUGUACCUCUUUGAUGGUGGGUUUGAUAAGACAGGGCUGUUCCUGUGAAGUGUGUGGAUUUUCAUGUCACAUAACUUGUGUAAACAAAGCUCCAACCGCUUGUCCAGUUCCUCCUGAACAGACAAAAGGUCCUCUGGGUAUAGAUCCACAGAAGGGAAUAGGAACAGCAUAUGAAGGUCAUGUCAGGAUCCCUAAGCCAGCCGGAGUGAAGAAAGGAUGGCAGAGAGCACUGGCUGUCGUUUGUGAUUUCAAACUCUUUCUGUACGAUAUUGCUGAAGGAAAAGCAUCUCAGCCCAGUGUUGUAGUCAGUCAAGUGAUUGACAUGAGGGAUGAAGAAUUUUCUGUGAGUUCAGUCUUGGCCUCUGAUGUUAUUCAUGCAAGUCGAAAAGAUAUACCCUGUAUAUUUAGAGUCACAGCUUCCCAGCUCUCAGCAUCUAAUAACAAAUGUUCAAUCCUGAUGCUGGCAGAUAGUGAGAAUGAGAGGAGUAAGUGGGUGGGAGUGCUGAGUGAACUGCACAAGAUUUUGAAGAAGAACAAAUUCAGAGACCGCUCAGUCUAUGUUCCCAAAGAGGCUUAUGACAGCACUCUACCCCUCAUUAAAACAACCCAGGCAGCUGCAAUCAUAGAUCAUGAAAGAAUAGCUUUGGGGAAUGAAGAAGGAUUAUUUGUUGUACAUGUCACCAAAGAUGAAAUUAUUAGAGUUGGUGACAAUAAGAAGAUUCAUCAGAUUGAACUCAUUCCAAACGAUCAGCUUGUUGCUGUGAUCUCAGGACGAAAUCGUCACGUACGACUUUUUCCUAUGUCAGCUUUGGACGGGAGAGAGACUGAUUUUUAUAAGCUGGCAGAAACUAAAGGGUGUCAAACCAUAACUUCUGGAAAAGUGCGUCAUGGAGCUCUUACGUGCCUGUGUGUGGCUAUGAAAAGACAGGUCCUCUGUUAUGAACUAUUUCAGAGCAAGACUCGUCACAGAAAAUUUAAGGAAAUUCAAGUCCCAUAUAAUGUCCAGUGGAUGGCGAUCUUCAGUGAGCAACUCUGUGUGGGAUUCCAGUCUGGAUUUCUGAGAUACCCCUUGAAUGGAGAAGGAAGUCCAUACAGCAUGCUCCAUUCAAACGACCAUACGCUCUCCUUUAUUACACAUCAACCAAUGGAUGCCAUCUGCGCAGUUGAAAUCUCCAGUAAAGAGUAUCUGCUGUGUUUUAACAGCAUUGGGAUAUACACUGACUGCCAGGGCCGGAGAUCGAGGCAGCAGGAGUUGAUGUGGCCGGCAAAUCCUUCCUCGUGUUGUUACAAUGCACCGUAUCUCUCAGUGUAUAGUGAAAAUGCAGUUGAUAUCUUUGAUGUGAACUCCAUGGAAUGGAUUCAGACUCUCCCACUCAAAAAGGUUCGACCCUUAAACAGUGAAGGAUCACUAAAUCUCUUAGGGUUGGAGACAAUUAGAUUAAUAUAUUUCAAAAAUAAGAUGGCAGAAGGGGAUGAACUGGUAGUUCCUGAAACAUCAGAUAAUAGUCGGAAACAAAUGGUUAGAAAUAUUAACAAUAAAAGACGUUAUUCCUUCAGAGUCCCAGAAGAGGAAAGGAUGCAACAGAGGAGAGAGAUGCUACGAGAUCCAGAAAUGAGAAAUAAAUUAAUUUCUAACCCAACUAAUUUUAACCACAUAGCACACAUGGGUCCAGGAGAUGGAAUACAGAUCCUAAAAGACCUGCCCAUGCCGGGUUUCCCUUAUCCGUCCCCUCAGCAUCACUCCGGUCUGAUCUCCUCUCCGAUCAACUUUGAGCACAUCUAUCACAUGACUGUUAAUUCUGCCGAAAAAUUUCUCUCUCCUGAUUCCAUAAACCCCGAAUAUUCCCCGUCUCUACGCUCUGUCCCCGGUACACCAAGCUUUAUGACUCUGAGGAACCCUCGGCCUCAGGAAAGUCGGACAGCAUUCAGUGGCUCAGUCAGCAUUCCAUCUAUCACCAAAUCCCGCCCUGAACCCGGUCGCUCCAUGAGCGCCAGCAGUGGCCUAUCAGCAAGGUCAUCCGCACAGAAUGGCAGUGCGUUAAAGAGAGAAUUCUCUGGAGGGAGCUACAGUGCGAAGCGUCAGCCCGUGCCCUCCCCAUCUGAGGGCUCACUGUCUUCAGGAGGCAUGGACCAAGGCAGUGACGCCCCAGCGAGGGACUAUGAUGGAGAGGACUCGGAUUCUCCGAGGCAUUCCACGGCUUCCAACAGCUCCAACCUGAGCAGCCCUCCCAGCCCCGUGUCGCCCCGAAAGACCAAGAGCCUCUCCCUGGAGAGCACCGACCGUGGGAGCUGGGACCCCUGAACGGCCUCCCGCUCUGAGCUCCCCUCCACUCACCUUCUCCCACUUUCCUGUCCUCUUCCACCUCUGCCUGAAGACCCCCGGCGGGGCGGUAGCAGUAGCAGGGCCGGGGGCCGAGGACCUGCAUCCACCCCCGAGACUGAACAGCAACCAUAAAGGCAGACUUUCAUUGAGCAGCUUAGAUUAAUAUUCAUUUCACUUCAUACUCUUAGAGUUGCUUUCCAUAAUACUUCACCCCUCCCCCAAAGGUAGCUUAAGUAGACAGAUUACACAGAUGUAAGUGAUAAGAAUAAGAUUAGACAGACGUUGUUUCCACAGUAGAGUCUCGUUGUAGCCCUGAGACAGCACCUGGGACUCGCCAGCGGGUCCCGGGCAGGUGCCAAGCCCAUUCAGCACCGCCGUGAAUGUCCCCCUGAUCGUUGCCAGUAAAUCCCUGUUCACUAAAACGAUGCAUAUUUUACUACAAUACAGAGUUUAAGUAAAUACACAAAUGUAGAGGUUAAAUACUGAAUGUAUAUAGUAAAAAGAAGCAUCUUGUAUUCAAUGAAAGAUGGAUGCAUAUAUGAGAGAGAGAUCAUUUAAUUUAAAGAAAUGUGUUGUUUCUCGUCUUUUCCAACUAAGUAAUUAAUGGUAGGAAGGCGUCAAGCUGACAUUAACAGAGGGAGAGCUGGGGACUGAGAGUUCUUCUAGUGCCGUUGCUCAGACUGGUCGCGGUCACCUGGGAGCUUUAGGAGGCGUUUGGAGGCUUCGGUUUCAUUGGUUUGGAGUGUGACCUAGGAACCAGACUUUGAACAUUUUUGAAGCCUCUCAGCAGCAUCAUUAAAAGGCAGAUUUACUUCUAUCCAAGACAUUUUUUUCUAGUGGUAGAAUUUGAACCUCACUUCUCAUUUAUUAUUUUAUUUUGGUACCUUUUGCAGACGAAUGUAGAAAUGCAGCUUUGUCACCUGGAUCCCCUCCAUCUGAAAGGACACAAGAAUGUCAUAGUUUCUGAAGGCCCAUAAAGAGGUUCCUAAAAGUGCUUUUUUCCUUGGCUGAUCCCCUCCCUCCCUGAGUUGCAGUGAGGCAUCUGUCCCCCUGGCUUCUUGGUAAGGAGUCUGUUUUGGGGUGAGGGGGUGUGAGUUUCCUCAGAUAAGCCUGGGAAGAAGAGUUUAAUUACCAAAUAAUAUAAAACCUCAAAUGCAAGGACUUGAACAGCCUUAACCAAAUAUUCUUUCCAUACCCAGUUCAGCCCAGGGCACUGGCAGGAAGGCAGCCCAGCGAGGCCAUCUUGACUGCGUAAGCAUUUCCUCCCUUAGUUGCCGUAUUGUGUUGUUAGUCACAUUUCCAUUUGAAUUCCUGCUGUUUUAAUUACCACAAGGAAAUGAGAUGCAGAACUUUAUUUCUCUAGAGUCAUUUCACCAGUUAAGCGCAGAAGUAGAGAAAGAGCUAGAAAUAAAAAUAUUCUCGUGGGAGUAAACAGGAUCUGCCUCUCUUUUACUUUAUAUCUAAAUUUCUCUGAGAGAUAGAAAGAUUUUCUGCUUUCUUCUUUAAAAUUCAACUAAAAUGGAAGUGUUUUCCUGCAGUAGCUCAUCUGAAUUGCAGUAUUUGAACUCUCGUUUCAGCCCUGAUUUCACAGCUUUCUCCUUAGCCACAGCUGUGCCCACCUUCCCACCACAGGCCACGGGGAGCCAGACUAUUCCCAAGUUGAUGCUGAUCUCUGGAGCAGGUUACUGAGGUUCAGUGAGGGAGGAAAGAAUUCUGUUUGAGGAUUAUAUUGUAAAAUGUUACAAUAGUGAAUUUAAAAUAAUAACAGCUUUGACAUUUAAACAUUCUGAGCUUGGUGCUUGCUCAGAUUUGAUUAUGUUUUACUUUGGAUGGGCACAAAUUACUGCACAACUCUAAUUUUCUAAAUCCUUUGCUUUCAGAAAAAAAGGUGUCAUGUAAAAUCCUUUUGUGCAUCC